ACUGAUCGCCGCUGGACAGAGGUUGAAGACGGCAAUCCAAUUGGCUCUAGAAGCUGGCUGUGUGCAAGGCAGGGUCAUAAUCCCUAUAAGGUCUCUUCCAUUCAUCAAGCCAUCAAGGUUCUUUUUUUUAAAAAGAGAAAAAUACAGUUGUGUGUAUAUAUUAAGAAUUUGGCUGUUCAUGAACAAAAGGGCAAGAGAAUAGCUGUGGAAGGAUGCAGAGAACCAGCAGGCCUCCUCCUGGGCAGAGGAGUAUCAUGAUCUGAAAAUCACAUUGACACCUGCACUAGAUGUUGCCUGCACCCCCUUAGGCCUGAGGAAUCAGAAGCUAUGGGGCCAAGGGCCCGCACAUCUCUGCUGCUGCUGCUGCUCAUGGUGGCUACUGGAGAUGCUGACAUGAAGGGACAUUUUGACCCAGCCAAGUGCCGCUAUGCCCUGGGCAUGCAGGACCGGACGAUCCCAGAUGGAGACAUCUCUGCCUCCAGCUCCUGGUCAGACUCCACUGCUGCUCGCCACAGCAGGCUGGAGAGCAGUGAUGGGGACGGGGCAUGGUGCCCUGCAGGCCCCGUGUUUCCCAAGGAGGAGGAGUACCUGCAGGUGGACCUGCGGCAGCUGCACCUGGUGGCACUGGUGGGCACCCAGGGCCGGCAUGCAGGGGGCCUGGGCAAAGAGUUCUCCCCCAGCUACCGGUUGCGAUACUCCCGGGAUGGCCUCCGCUGGAUGGACUGGAGGGACCGCUGGGGUCAGGAGGUGAUCCUAGGUAAUGAGGACACUGGGGGAGUGGUGCUGAAGGACCUUGGCCCCCCCAUGGUGGCCCGCAUGGUUCGAUUCUACCCCCGGGCUGACCGGGUCAUGAGUGUCUGUCUUCGAGUGGAGCUCUACGGCUGCCUCUGGAAAGACGGACUCCUGUCAUACACAGCCCCUAUGGGGCAGACCAUGUUCCUAGCAGAGGCCGUGUACCUCAAUGACUCCACUUACGAUGGCCACACCACCCACUCAGUUGGCGGGCUGCAGUAUGGGGGGCUGGGCCAGCUGGCGGACGGUGUGGUGGGUCUGGAUGACUUUAGGAAGAGCCAGGAGCUGCGGGUUUGGCCGGGUUAUGACUACGUGGGAUGGAGCAAUCACAGCUUCCCCAGUGGCUAUGUGGAGAUGGAGUUUGAGUUUGACCGGUUGAGGGCCUUCCAGGCCAUGCAGGUCCACUGCAACAACAUGCACACGCUGGGAGCCCGGCUGCCCGGCGGGGUUGAGUGUUGCUUCAAGCGAGGCCCCACCAUGGCCUGGGAGGGCGAGCCUAUACGCCAUGUCCUUGGAGGCAGCCUGGGAGACCCCAGAGCCCGUGCCGUGUCAGUGCCUCUGGGGGGCCGUCUGGGUCGCUUUCUGCAGUGCCGCUUCCUUUUUGCUGGGCCUUGGCUGCUCUUCAGUGAAAUCUCCUUCAUCUCUGAUGUUGUGAACGAUUCCUCCCUGACUCCGGGAGGCACCUUCCCACCAGCCCCCUGGUGGCCGCCUGGUCCACCUCCUACCAACUUUAGCAGCUUGGAGCUGGAGCCCAGGGGCCAGCAGCCAGUAGCCAAGGCCGAGGGAAGCCCGACUGCCAUCCUCAUUGGCUGCCUGGUGGCCAUCAUUCUGCUGCUGCUGCUCAUCAUCGCCCUCAUGCUCUGGCGGCUGCAUUGGCGCAGGCUCCUUAGCAAGGCUGAGCGGCGAGUGUUAGAAGAGGAGCUGACAGUUCAUCUUUCUGUCCCUGGAGACACCAUCCUCAUCAACAACCGUCCAGGGCCCCGAGAGCCUCCCCCUUACCAGGAACCCCGACCACGUGGGAAUCCACCCCACUCUGCACCCACUGUCCCCAAUGGCUCUGCGUUGCUGCUCUCCAAUCCGGCCUACCGCCUCCUUCUGGCCACUUACGCCCGUCCCCCUCGAGGCCCGGGCCCCCCCACACCCGCCUGGGCCAAACCCACCAACACCCAGGCUUGCAAUGGUGACUAUAUGGAGCCUGAGAAGCCGGGUGCCCCACUCCUGCCCCCACCUCCCCAGAAUAGUGUCCCCCAUUAUGCUGAGGCUGACAUCGUCACACUGCAGGGUGUCACUGGGGGCAACACCUAUGCUGUGCCCGCACUGCCCCCAGGGGCAGCUGGAGAUGGCCCCCCCAGAGUGGAUUUUCCUCGGUCACGGCUCCGCUUCAAGGAAAAGCUUGGCGAGGGCCAGUUUGGGGAGGUGCACCUAUGUGAGGUCGAAAGCCCACAGGACCUGAUAAGUCAGGAUUUCCCCCUCAGUGUGCACAAGGGUCAUCCCUUACUGGUGGCUGUCAAGAUUCUUCGGCCAGAUGCCACUAAGAAUGCCAGGAAUGAUUUUCUGAAAGAGGUGAAGAUCAUGUCAAGGCUAAAGGACCCCAACAUCAUCCGGCUCCUGGGCGUGUGUGUACAGGAUGACCCCCUCUGCAUGAUCACAGACUACAUGGAGAAUGGUGACCUUAACCAGUUUCUAAGUGCACACCAGCUUGAGGACAAAACAUCUGAAGUGCCCUCUGAGGACGGGGGUGCUGCUCAGGGACCCACCAUCAGCUACAUGAUGCUGUUGCACGUGGCAGCUCAGAUUGCCUCGGGCAUGCGCUAUCUGGCCACCCUCAACUUUGUGCACCGAGACCUGGCCACAAGGAACUGCCUGGUCGGGGAGAACUUUACCAUCAAGAUUGCCGACUUUGGCAUGAGCCGGAACCUGUAUGCAGGAGACUAUUAUCGUGUGCAGGGCCGGGCGGUGCUGCCCAUCCGCUGGAUGGCCUGGGAGUGCAUCCUCAUGGGGAAAUUCACGACUGCCAGUGAUGUGUGGGCCUUUGGAGUGACCCUGUGGGAGGUGCUGAUGCUCUGCCGGGCCCAACCCUUUGGGCAGCUCACUGAUGAGCAAGUCAUCGAGAAUGCUGGGGAGUUCUUCCGGGACCAGGGCCGCCAGGUGUACCUGUCCCGGCCCCCUGCCUGUCCACUGGGUCUGUACGAGCUGAUGCUUCGGUGCUGGAGCCGUGAGCCCGAGCAGCGACCAGCCUUCUCCCAGCUGCACCGAUUCCUGGCAGAAGAUGCUCUCAACACGGUGUGAACCACAUCACCCAGCGCCGCUCCCUCAGGGACUAUUCGAGAAAAACCGUGGCACUGAGAAGAGGUGCUGAAGAUACCCUCAGCCUAAAUAAACCCUCCUGGCUGCCCUUUACCUCUAAGAGAGGCAGUGGACCACAGGCAGGCUGGGCCUGCCGGAACCUAACAUCUCCUUGCUUUCAAGCCCCUUCUUGCUCUUCUCCCAGAAGCCCUCACCCCCCACCCAGCUGGCCCUGUGGAUGGGACCCUCUCCAACCUCUUCUAGCCACCCUUUGAGGAGAAUAGGCACAAAUAUAGGGCAGAACACUGGACAAGGCCCUCUGGAUCACCUGGGCCCCCUGGACAACACUGGUUCCUGGAGAGAGGGUUGCCCCCAACCCCAGCCUCUCUUCGUCACACACUGGACCCCAUGGGCUGAGGAUCUGGGCAGUGAGGAGGACGAGAAAGGGGGAAAGACAUUCUUUUGUGCUCACUCCUGAACCUGUCCUCAGCUUGGCUUCUUCCUCCUCCGUCUUCUGAAACACUGGACCUGGGGGUAACCCUUGCCCCCAACCCUUGGACACCCCCACUGCCAUGUUUGUAGCUAGAACUCUAAGCCUGUAUGUUUCUGUGGAAUAAAUAUUGGGAUUAGGGGGGAAGAGGAAGCAAAGGCCUAUGGCCCUGGGGUUGGUCAUCUCUAUAGUAGUUGCCACAUUGGUUUUUCUAUAAUCACUUUGGGUUUGUACAGUUUUGGGGGGGAAAAGACACAGAUUUUUACACUAAUAUAUGGAUCUAGCUCAAUGCUAUUUUAAUCACCUGCAUUAGGCAGGCAAUAAUAAAGGUUGAGUUUUCCACA